AUGAAGGAGGCGGAAUGUAGUUUGGAAACGGGCAGUGCCAAACCACAGGCCUGGUCUCGACAAAGACGCCUCUUCUUGGCUUCUGAUGAUGCGUUGGCUUUCCGCGAGGCCCAAUCCCAGUACCCCAGGAAUGAAUUUAUUGGCCGACAGAGAAAGGGCAGUCAGGUAGAUGAUCGUAGGUCUACCGAGGGUGUGUUUGCCAUCACUUUGGACCUGCAUCUUUUGUGUUCAGCCGAUUUCCUCAUCGGUACCGGCAGUUCUUACAUUUGCAGGCUGGCCUGUGAGCUGGCCUCGUUAAAGUCUCAAAGUCAGGGUGAUGCGGCUUUUCAAUGGCACACAGUUGAUGCGAUGUAUGAGUGCAGUUUUUCACGGAAACGAUGGUGGCGAGCCAUUGCAGACUUCAAGCAGGAG